AUGAUGUAUUAUCAACAACAACAACCACCACCACCACAACAGCAAAAUAGUGAUAGUAAUAAUAAUGGUAAUUACUCGAUAGAUGAUAAUAAUGGGUUCAAUGGUUACAAUCAAAUAUUGAGUAAUUUGGUGCACAAUGGUCAGAUUCUACCGCAAUUGAGUCAUAUCAAUGGUUUACAUCAGAUACCAUCACAUGAUUACAGUUCAAUGUUCAGUGGUUACAAUCAAUAUGCUUUAGAUACUACAGACAGCAGCACACUGAACAAUAAUAAUUAUAUCUAUCAACAAACAACAACAACACCACCGCAAUCAAUGAAUCAUCAUCAUCAUCAACAACAACCACAGCAGAUUACUCAACAACAGAUUGCGCAAUACCAACAGCAACAACAGCAAUUCCCACCUCAGCCUUACACAACACACUAUAAAGAUUUGAUACAACCACAAUUCAAAGAAAAAUUAAUUAACAAAGAUAAUCUAUCGGAAAACGAGGUUCAAUUUCUAAUGCUUCAAGAGCAAAAGUUGUUUUUAAAGAAUAUGUUUGAAGGUCAACAACAACAGCAGCAGCAGCAAUCACCUAUUCUACAUACAAACAACUCUGGGAAUGGCCAUUCAAAUCAUCAAGAAUCGCCAUCAUCAAAGACAGUUCAAACCACUAUCUCUACAGCUACAACCACUACAUCGACCACUACUACAAUAAACAAUAACAAUAACAACAAUUAUAAUACUUCAUCACCGCCACACUUUGAUUCACCCGAUAUCUCUUUAACUACUUUUAAUACACAAUCUGUGAUACCACCACAACAGCAACAAAAAUCAUAUUCAAAUGUUACAACCCCACAAAUGUCAAGUGAAUUGAAUAUCGAUGAAUCAUCAUCUUCCUCUUCGCCCUACCAAGAUUCUUCGACUCCACCACAACUCUCUAUGGGAAACUACGCAGUCAACUACAAUUAUUUGGGUGAGAAUCUAAGUAGCGAUCCCUAUGGUAACAUCGGUGGCGACAAGAAGAAGAAUCAGAUUCAACACAAUGCAUCGCGUGACUACCGACAGAGGAAAAAAGAUCAUAUCGCAGAGGUUGAAAAGAAACUCAAGGAGCUAUCGAUGGAGAAUCAACGUCUGAAACAAGAGAACCAGGAAAUGAAAAAGGUUACACUCACCGACUUGAUGCGACCCGACAGUUUCCACCAAGUAUCACUCGAUUUCCAAAAGCUACUGGUUCGACUCGCCGAAUCCGUUAUCAACAACAGCACUGACAGUCGUGCAUUCGACCAACUGAUGCAAUUCUUUUUGUUCUCAAUGAAGCUAAGAUCCACCGUUGUAGAGCGAGAUAUUGAGAAAAUUAUUAAUCCUGAAUUACAAUUAAAAUUAGUAUUCAUGGGAUAUAAAUCAUUGGCAGAAUCGUCAGUGGUAUGUGGUACACCGAUGGCAUCUUCUAUUUGGUGGCCAAAUUUCAUUGAGGAGGUGGGUCUGAGUGAAAGUCAGAGGAAAUCGAUCGAGGAACUCUGGCGAUACUAUGUAAAGAUCAACGAUGAACUGAAAGAAGAAAGGGAUAUGCUCGAUGAUCAAAUCAAACAACUAUCACCUUUUCCAAAGCGAACUCUUCAGUUUGACUCUUCGCUAUUCAAUACCAACCCAAUUCAAAACAUUACCAGUAAACAUGUAAAUAGUAAUAACAAUAGUAAUAAUAACGAGUUAAAUAGUAAACAACAACAACAAUCUCCGGAACAGCAACAACAACAACAAGAACAACCACAAAAAACACCAUCUAUAGAGAUACAAUUACAUAAUCCCAAUUCAUUGUAUAAUUUUUCAUCAUCGUCGUCUGCUGCAGCAUCGCAUUUUGUACAGUCACCAUACGGCCAGUCCAGACGAAUAAUGCCAUCGGAAGGUGCAGCCGGUGGUAACACACAGGGAGGACCUCUCUUCAUAGUUGAACGGUCGUCACUCACCGUCCUCGAAGUUUUAGAAAUGGUAGAAAAGUUGGAAAAGAUGAAAAUGAAUUUUAUUAAACAUCGUAGAAAUAUUUGUGAAAUAGAUAUUGCUCUAACUAGAAUACUUACACCGAUGCAAAAUGCCAAACUUAUAUUACGAUUACACAAUAAGCCAUUUAUCGAUAUUGAACUGGUGGAUCAAAUUACAAAGGUGUGGGGAACACUGCAUUCCACUCGUGAGACACGUGACAAUCCAAUACAGAAUCGACUGAUGCCAGGUACCAACAAAUUCAACUUUUUUGAUUUCAUAGGAAUGACAACCACUCAAGAGGAUAUCAAAGUAGAUACUUUGAAAAACAUCUACGAGAAACUCUAUCAAUCGAUUGCUAGUCUCACACCUCCAACCAUCAAAAAAGAAUAA